UCAACCAUUCACAUUAAAUUAAUGGAAGUAAAUAGAGUACAAACCUUGGCUUCUAACCAGCUGAAGGAGCUUCCACCCCAAUUCAUUCGACCAGCCAACGAAAGGCCAGAGAAUACCAAGGCUUUGGAGGGUGUUGCUGUGCCUAUAAUCUCAUUAUCUCAAUCACACAAUCUUUUGGUGAAGAAAAUCACUGAAGCUGCAUCUGAGUGGGGUUUCUUUGUCAUAAUUAACCAUGGUAUAUCAAAAAAACUAAUCCAACGUGUGAAAGAGGUGGGCCAUGAGUUCUUUUCCCUUCCUCAAAAAGAGAAAGAGCCAUAUGCAAAUGACCCAUCUAGUGGUAAAUUUGAAGGAUAUGGGACUAAAAUGACAAAGAAUUUAGAAGAAAAGGUUGAGUGGUUGGAUUAUUAUUUUCACCUCAUCAAUCCUCCUUCUCGGGUGAAUUAUGACUUAUGGCCCAAAAGCCCUACUUCAUACAGGGAAGUGACUCAAGAAUACAAUAAAGAGAUUUUAAGGGUGACAGACAAUAUUUUGGAGCUUUUGUCUGAAGGGCUAGCAUUGGAGAGUAAGGCUUUGAAGAAUCACUUGGGAGGUGAAGAAAUAGAAUUAGAAAUGAAGAUAAAUAUGUAUCCACCAUGCCCACAACCUGAAUUAGCAUUAGGGGUUGAGCCUCACACUGACAUGUCUGCCCUUACCUUACUUGUCCCAAAUGAUGUUCCAGGCCUCCAAGUUUGGAAGGAUAAUAAUUGGGUUGCAGUCAACUACUUGCAAAAUGCACUCUUUCUGCACAUUGGUGACCAACUUGAGGUUAUGAGCAAUGGGAGGUACAAGAGUGUCUUGCAUAGAAGCUUGGUGAACAAGGAACACAAGCGCAUGUCAUGGGCCGUAUUUGUUGCUCCUCCACAUGAGGCAAUGAUUGGGCCUCUUCCUCUACUUGUCAAUGAUCAAAACCCCCCCAAAUUUUCAACAAAAACAUAUGCUGAAUACCGUUAUCGCAAAUUCAACAAGAUUCCACAAUAAGAAUAUUAAUUAGUUUA